AUGUCCUUCACACUCUUGCAGGCAUCAGCUGCAGCCUUUGCGUUGCUUUCUGUUGGACACACGAUUAAAGGCAGGCAAUGGACAGCCGACACAAGAUUCAAAGCUAUCGCAGGCACUACUUCGUGGACCUGUGGGACUCUGGGGUGGUACCAGGUGCGUCUGCUCCACUGGCAAUGGUCGCGAGAUCCUAGUCUCCUCCAAGAUCCACUGAACAAAGCAAUGGCCGGGAUCGUGAACAUUCUGCUAUGGGCUAGCUCUGCCUGGUACAGUAAGUAUGGUAUCAAUGAUACUGCUGUUGUCAUUGCUAUCUCUGCUGCGUUGCAGGCUUUCGGUGUCGGAAAGGCUUGCCUGUGA